GCAUGUUUGUUUUUACCAGCCUGUCUUGAACAGCUCCAGCCAAAACCAUUGCCGCACAUGAUCUGAAAGAGAAGCACAGAACUGUUGAGGUUGGAAGGAACCUCUCAAGAUUAUCUAGUCCAACCCACAAAGUAUAUGAGGGUUUAAAGAGGUUAUCUAACAAAAGAAGAACGUAACUCAACUGCUCUUCUGUCACGAUGGGGUCAAUUGUGUGGGAAUGCGGUUAAACAUCUUAAUACCUGGACCUAAUACACACUGUAUAAUACUGAGAAGGCAAGAUUUCUCGCACGUCUGUCUCAAAUACAUCAUCUUCUAGACUGAGCCAAUGAUGUUGCACACAAAGAGCAUCCCAGUUCUGAAGAACCUUAGACAAGGACUGCAAAUAUUGCCGUGGAAGUGAAAUCUGAAGGUGCAUGAGGAGCUGAAGGAGGUUUCUGGUGGGGCUCAGUGACCGGCCCCGUUCCCAGUGUGGAAGGAUGGCUGGGACCUGGAUGCUGCGGUACCUGUGGCUUCUGGAUGUUUUGCUGGGGCACACGAGAGGGCACAGUUUAUUUUCCUGUGAGCCCAUCAUCUUGCGGAUGUGCCAGGAUCUGCCUUACAACACCACUUUUAUGCCUAAUCUUCUGAAUCAUUAUGACCAGCAAACAGCAGCAUUAGCAAUGGAGCCUUUCCAUCCCAUGGUGAAUCUGGAAUGCUCCCGUGAUUUCCGCCCGUUCCUGUGCGCCCUCUAUGCCCCGGUGUGCAUGGAGUACGGCCGGGUCACGCUCCCGUGCCGCCGGCUCUGCCAGAGAGCGUUCAGCGAGUGCUCCAAGCUCAUGGAGAUGUUUGGGGUCUCUUGGCCCGAGGAUAUGGAGUGCACAAGAUUCCCAGAUUGUGAUGAGCCGUAUCCUCGCCUCGUCGACCUCAAUUUAGCUGGGGAGCCCACAGAAGAGGCCCCAAUGGCUGUACAGAGGGAUUAUGGUUUUUGGUGUCCUCGGGAGUUGAAAAUAGACCCUGAUCUGGGUUACUCUUUCCUGAGGGUACGGGACUGUUCCCCUCCUUGCCCAAACAUGUACUUUCGACGUGAAGAACUCUCCUUCGCUCGCUACUUCAUCGGCGUCAUCUCCAUCGUCUGCCUUUCCGCUACCUUGUUCACCUUUUUAACUUUUCUGAUUGACGUCACAAGAUUUCGCUACCCGGAAAGACCCAUCAUAUUUUACGCCGUCUGCUACAUGAUGGUGUCGUUAAUUUUCUUCAUUGGCUUCCUGCUUGAAGACAGGGUAGCGUGUAACGCCUCCAGCCCUGCCCAGUACAAGGCGUCCACGGUGACCCAGGGCUCUCACAACAAAGCCUGCACCAUGCUCUUCAUGGUGCUCUAUUUCUUCACCAUGGCCGGCAGCGUUUGGUGGGUCAUUCUCACCAUCACCUGGUUCCUGGCGGCGGUGCCGAAAUGGGGCAGCGAAGCCAUCGAGAAGAAAGCAUUGCUCUUCCACGCCAGCGCCUGGGGCAUUCCGGGAACUCUCACCAUCAUCCUCUUAGCCAUGAAUAAAAUCGAAGGUGACAAUAUUAGCGGCGUAUGUUUUGUCGGCCUCUAUGAUGUGGAUGCGUUGAGAUACUUUGUCCUCGCACCUCUCUGCCUGUAUGUUGUUGUCGGAGUUUCCCUCCUGCUAGCUGGCAUUAUCUCUCUCAAUCGGGUCCGCAUUGAAAUCCCGUUAGAAAAAGAGAACCAGGACAAACUGGUGAAGUUCAUGAUCCGGAUUGGCGUGUUCAGUGUUCUGUACCUCGUGCCACUGUUGGUUGUAAUUGGCUGCUAUUUCUAUGAGCAGGCUUAUCGCGGCGUGUGGGAGACGACGUGGAUUCAGGAACGCUGCAGAGAAUAUCACAUCCCGUGUCCCUAUCAGGUCACUCAGAUGAGUCGUCCGGAUUUGAUUCUCUUUCUCAUGAAGUAUCUCAUGGCCCUGGUGGUCGGGAUACCCUCUGUCUUCUGGGUCGGAAGCAAGAAGACCUGUUUUGAGUGGGCGAGCUUCUUCCACGGACGCAGGAAAAAAGAAGUUGUAAAUGAGAGUCGCCAGGUGCUGCAAGAGCCGGACUUCGCUCAGUCUCUUCUGCGAGAUCCCAACACCCCCAUCAUCCGCAAGUCCCGAGGCACUUCCACCCAGGGCACCUCCACUCACGCCUCCUCCACCCAGCUGGCCAUGCUGGACGACCAGAGGAGCAAGGCCGGCAGCGUCCACAGCAAAGUGAGCAGCUACCAUGGCAGCCUGCACCGAUCGCGCGACGGCCGGUACACUCCGUGCAGCUACAGAGGCGUGGAGGAGCGACUACCUCACGGCAGCAUGUCCCGGCUGACCGACCACUCCAGGCACAGCAGCUCCCACCGGCUCAACGAGCAGUCACGCCACAGCAGCAUCAGGGACCUCAGCACCAACCCCAUGACACACAUCACACAUGGGACCAGCAUGAACCGCGUCAUCGAGGAGGACGGCACCAGCGCUUGAGCCGCCUCGCUCGACAAGGAGGAGCCGCCCGGCGCGCAGUCCCAUCCUUGGUGACAUGAUAACGCUCAGUAUUAUCACGCCUCUCAUCGGGUGCUCGUUUUGUGCAUCAGGAAGCCAAAACCGGCUUCGUCACAUUGAAGCCAGCGCAUUCUCAUGCUUGCGUCAGAGCUGGAGCGUUCAGCAAUCUUGAAUUAUUGAGUAAAAAGCCGGUUGCCUCAUGUGAACCUGUCUGUAGGUAAUUAUUUAUUCAAUAACUGGUACUCAUCAGACACCAUUGCUGAAUUUCUUUGUUGAAAAGCGUCUCCCCCUCCGUCUGACGGCUCCGCAUGUCAGUAGGUGUUCCCCUUGAAAACUCGCUGGCAGAGUCACGCUGAGAUGGUUUUUUCUUGCAAGGCAUAAGGGAACUCUUGAAUAUUGCAGGAAUUCCUCCGCGUGCCUCUCUGAUUAGAUAACGAACCGACGCUUGUUCUCAUCAAGCGCAGGGGGAGGGGACGCACGUGAGAUGCCGGAUAAAGGACGUCUGUGCAGAAUCGGCGGGUGGUUUUAAUUGUUACACUGGAAAUGCAACGCAGGAAUGAGCCUUUUGGAGAAGGAAAGGAAACUCCGGGGGUGACCACCAGCUCUUUCCAGAGCUGUUUGGGCUCAGUAGGUGGGACGGGGUGGGAGGGUGGGGGGCAGAGAGGCAGGGAAGAGCGAUUUUUGUAUAACUUGUAUUGUCCUCGCUUUUUUUACAAAGUACUAUUUAAAUUUUCUACUUGUUUACAAUCUAUGUAGGAAGAGAUCAAUUUAAAAACCGGUUAUCUAGAUAAUAUUCAGCCACUUAUUUUUUAGAUUAAUGUACAAAAGCUGAGAUUGCCUGUUCCUGAUCUAUUUAAGAUAAUAAUAAUAAUAGAAAAAGCUGAAUUUGUCGCCCAAACUGGAAUGUACGCCCUUUUCCUUCCAAACAGAACAAAGCCUGUUUACAAACGCCAAGGAAGGAGGAGGCCAAAGCAGGAGGAGUUGAAUCAGGGAUGUCCCACCUUCCUUGCGCUGUUUUUUUGGGGGGAUUCUCUUGGUGUCGAGCAAGAAUUUAGACGUGAGUGGGAGAAAUCAAGGUAGGGAGAGAGCGGGAUGUGGCAGCCACUGUGUCGCUGCCCUGAAGAGACCGGUAUCCACCAAAAAUUGUUGUAUGCUUCCCAGCUGAGGGGCUUGCAUUGCCGAUCGACCUCUGCUGUAGGUUGUUUUCUUUUCAUUCCCUGGUAGAGAAUUCUCAGUUUGGGGUUUUUUUGGGUGUAAAUAAUCUGUUGGGGUACAGCAAGUCGUCAUUGGCACCGCAGGCAAAAGCCGAGGCACGUCCUGGAUGGCGCGGCAGAUCUUCUGAAGCAUCUCCUGCAAGAUUCAUUCAGCACGAGGAAACACUGAUUGCAUUGAAACCUACCUCAGUAAUUACUACAGAUCCCUGCUAAGGAAUAGUUAUUUUUGCAUUGUCCUGACAUAAUUCCCUUUUUGACCUGUUUGAGGCGUGUUGAAAAGCCUUUAUUGGCACCACCUCAAGGGCAGGAACGGGGAAAAACCCGAGGUGCGAACUUCAGAGGCUUUGGCGAGCGGCACAGGCGGAGCUGCGCUGUGAUUCCUCAUUUUAAUGGGAGCGGAUGACACAACAGCAAAGCACGUAACAGUGCGCUCUUUGAAAUCAAAGCUUGCCCUGGGAGUUCACCGUGUCUUUUAGAAAUAUAUCUACCGUGAAUUGUCUUGCUUGCUUCCACGGAGGAGAAGCACAAACCAAUCCCAGUGUGGAAUAUGGAAGUUUAGCAACAACUCGGCGCUUGCUUUAUUGUAAAUCCAGGCGGGGAUGUUGCUGAUCCCACCGCCCCGGGGCAGAGCAACCUGCUCAGCAAACAGCCCCGGGGGACGGCUGCAGGGACAACUGUCCAGGUCCAGAUCCCCUCUUUGAGAGCACAGGGGCAUGAAAUGUCUUUAGAGUGACCUAAACUGGCACAACUAUAAUCCCCAUAAGCCACAAAGGUGAAAAACCCGUUUUUAUUUUCCAGUUCAGCCUCUACCGAGUAACUUGCAGCUUCCAAGGCAUGAUAGUUUUAGGAAUCUGGAUCUGCAGAAGGAGCCGGGUAGUUUUCCUGAACGCUGGAACUGAACUAAAUAGGCUCAAGUGUUUAUGUUGAUCUUCUUGGCUCAAUUUCCAGUACUUUUUUUAAAAAAUUGUAGCCAAUGCUUUAACUUGUUUAGAGUCAGGGAGGGGAAUGAUGAUGGAGGUUUGAAAUAUAUCCUGCUUGCAAGCUUGUUCACUUGUGAGGUUUAGUCCCCAUAUUGCUUCCAGAUGGGAAUAUCUGAUCUGUUCCUAGCGCGUGUGUCCUGUACGCGAGGGACAGGCUCCCAGCACCCCAAAGAGAUGAUUCAAAUGUAAAACUCAAGUUCUUGCUGGGUUUUAUGCCCUCAUAACCCCAAACCCUCCCUUUUAUUUUCAACACCUGAAUUAGCACGUCGCUCUCUCUACAAAACAUUCCACCCCGGGAGUUCAAAGCCCUUUACGACUGUUUCAGGUUUCAGGUGUAGGAUUCCCCGGUCGGGGCACUCGCAGAGCUUCACCUCCCGAAUCCUCACGCUCGGGGUCUCUGAAGCGUGUCCGAGUUCCAACGCAGCCCAGCGCCAUCAACACGGGGGUACCUGGGCACAUUUUUGGGGUGUUUUCCUGCCUGGCACCACCAAGAGCUCCAGUGCCUGUUUCUGGGACCUGUGCCAGUCUUUAAAUUCGCCCGGAGCUUAAACCCUGCCCAGGACGGCGGUUCCGUGGUUGCCGAAACGCUCUGGUUGCUUUGUGCUUGGGCUGACCUGAUGUACCUGGAGCUGAGCUCAUGUCCCACAGGAUUAAUAGAACCACAGAAUGAUUUUGUUUGGCCGCGCUGCUCAAAGUCUGACCCUCUCGCUGUUCAAAGCCCCAGUUUCUCCAGCUCAUCCCCCAGCAGGUCCAUGUGUCUCCAUCCCACACGUACAAUGACUGAAGCCCCAAAAUGCUGCCUUGCACUAUUGCAAUAUCGAAGCUUCCUAUAAAAUCCCUGGCUUCUUAUUCUCAAUAUUCCCAGGGAACUAAAUCUCUGGUUUUAUCCCCAACGCGGCUUUUCUCCGAGACCUUUGCUGUCCUGUCCGGGCAGAGCUGGGGCUGGUGAAUCCAGACGGGGGCCCCGAUUGCCACUGACAACAGACUCCUCCAAGCUUUUGCUGCUCAUUAAUCCCUUCGUAGCUCUUGUUGUUCAUCGCAAUAUCGCAAAUCAGAGAUGUGAUAGCGCCUCAUGGAAAAGGCUCUUAGGGCCACGCUCAGCCACCCGCCUCUUGCUCAUCUUUUUCAAGUGUAAAAAGCCCAAGAGCAGCAAAAAGCCGUGUGUAGUUGGAAAUUCAUCUGCUCUCAAGCCCUCUCCCUUUUCUUCACGCUUCAACCUGAGUUUUGCUACAGAAGCUGUAGAUCGAAGCUGAAAUCUAGCCGCAGCCAAAUGGUUCCAGCAAGGAAGGGGAGAGAAACCCCCUCGGGAAGGGCCUGGGGGACCCUGAGAAGAACCCUGGGAGCCGGAGACAGCAGAAUGUCGAAUUGAAUGUGAAAUUUCACCCCUAUCCCAACGUACUUCAUUUACACCCAGAUCGGGAUUUAUGUUCCCUGGAGGCGGGAUGUUUUAUGUGGGUUUUGCCUGUCGGGUCCGUGCGCUGGGGAACUCGAUGCCGCCCCCUCCAGCGCUUCCCCUCGGUGCACUCGUGUAUAUUUAAUACUUUCAUCCAUUUUUGAACGAGAGGGGAAGAAGCUUUUGUGUUGUACGUGGGGUCGUACCCGAGCGUCGCCGACCCGACUUGCACUCGGCUCUUGGUAGACUUGUUUACAGUUAGUCCGGUGUCGCUUUUGUAACGUUUAAUUUUUAGCACUUUAACUGUGAGUGUACAAACUGAUUCUGUUGUAGUAGGUGUACAUUUUCAUUUUAGACCUUCCAAAGUUUUUAAUAAAACGAAUGAAAACUCCCA